UGCGCUCUAUAUAAACUCAGAUCAGACGGUGUGUUGUUAGCAGUAAACAAAGUGUCAGAGACGCAACAUGGCUACAGAGGUGAUUGUGCAGACUUUGCCACUGAAGGGAGGACACCUUCCUGCAGUGAAAGCUGGAGGGAUGAGGGUCUCCAAGAAACAAGGGCCUGAAGACAGUGGGACCCCCGAGAAGAGGAAGCAUACAGCAGACAAACCAAGCUCUGCAGUGAACUUGACAAGGAUGCAGGCUAUGAACAUUCUGGCUGGGGCUCUGGAGAAGCUGAGUCAUAACUAUCCAGAAGCGGCACAGCUUGCACACCAGAAGCCUCGCCCUUCUCUGGAGAGGGCUAGUCCUCCGAAAAGGCUUUACAUCAUCCAGCAGCCACGUAGAUGCUAGUUCAGGUGU